UAAGUAGCUCAGAGGUUUUGGGAGCACCUGUGAGUUCGCCACAGUCGUUCGGACUCUAUCCAGGCAGAGCCCGCCCCGAACGCGCCCGGUCGCCGCCUUCGCUCGGCCUCUGCCCGGCGCGCCAUGGGCCCUUCUUGCCGCGGCUUCUCCGCCUUCCUGCUGCUGCUGCAGAUUUCACCGUGGUUCUGCCUGGAGCCGGAGGAGCCCUGCCACCCUGGCUUUGGUGCCGAGAGCUACACGUUUACUGUGCCCCGGCGCCACCUAGACAGAGGCCGCGUCCUGGGCAAAGUGAGUUUUGAAGGAUGCACAGGCCGGCCAAGAAUAGUUUACUAUUCUUCUGACUCCCGAUUCAAAGUGGGUACAGAUGGUGUAGUUACAGUCAAACGGCCCCUGCAGUUUCACAAACCAGAGAUCAGUUUUUCUAUCCAUUCCUGGGACUCUACCUUCAGAAAGUUUUCCACUGAAGUCACACUGAAGGCAGAGGGACCCCAUCACCAGCACCACAACCACCACCACCACCAGCACCAGGACCAAAACCAGGAAAAUUCUCCAGAAACACAGCUAGAAGUGAUCAAAUUUCCCAACUUCCACCAUGGUCUCAGAAGGCAGAAGAGAGACUGGGUUAUCCCUCCCAUCAGCUGCUCAGAAAAUGAAAAAGGCCCGUUUCCUAAAAGACUGGUUCAGAUCAAAUCCAACAGGGACAAAGAAACCAAGGUUUUCUACAGCAUCACUGGCCAAGGAGCUGACACGCCUCCUGUUGGGGUGUUUAUUAUUGAAAGAGAAACAGGAUGGCUGAUGGUGACAGAGCCUCUGGAUAGAGAAAAAAUUGCCAACUACACUCUCUUAUCUCAUGCCGUGUCAUCAAACGGGAAUGCAGUUGAGGAUCCCAUGGAGAUUGUGAUCACAGUGACAGAUCAGAAUGACAACAGGCCUCAGUUCAUCAAGGAGGUCUUUGAGGGAUCUGUCAUGGAAGGCGCUCUUCCAGGGACCUCCGUGAUGCAGGUCUCAGCCACUGACGCAGAUGAUCCUAACACCUACAAUGCUGAAAUCGCUUACACCAUCCUCAGCCAAGAGCCCACAUUGCCUCACAGCCAAAUGUUUACCAUCAACCGGAUCACUGGGGUCAUCAGUGUGGUCACCACCGGGCUGGACCGAGAGAGUUAUCCCACGUAUACCCUGGUGGUUCAAGCUGCUGACCUUCAAGGUGAAGGCUUAAGCGCGAUAGCAAAAGCUAUGAUCACAGUGACUGACGUCAACGAUAACCCUCCCAUCUUCAACCCGACCAUGUAUGAGGGUCAAGUGCCUGAGAAUGAGGCCGAUGCAAUCAUUACUACGCUCAAAGUGACUGAUGAUGAUGCCCCCAAUACCCCAGCGUGGCAGGCCGUGUACACCAUCUUGAAUGAUCCAGACAAGCAAUUCAUUGUCACCACAGACCCAAUAACCAACAAUGGCAUUCUGAAAACAACUAAGGGAUUGAAUUUUGAGGCCAAGCAGCAAUACAUUCUACAUGUGACAGCAACGAAUGCAGUACCCUUUGAAGUGAUUCUUCAGACCUCCACAGCCACUGUCACUGUAGAUGUGCUGGACAUCAAUGAAGCCCCCAUCUUUGUACCCCCUGAAAAAAGAGUAGAUGUACCAGAAGACCUUCAGGUGGGCUUGGAAAUCACAUCCUACACAGCUCGGGAGCCAGACACAUUUAUGGAGCAGAGGAUUACGUACCGGAUUUUGAGGGACCCUGCCAACUGGUUGGAGAUUAACCCAGAAAGCGGUGCCAUUACCAGUCGUGCUGAGCUGGACAGAGAGGCCUCUGAUUAUGUGAAGAACAGCACGUACAUAGCCCUCAUCAUCGCCACCGACAAUGGUUCUCCGAUCGCCACCGGAACAGGAACCCUCCUCUUGCACCUCUCGGACGUGAAUGACAAUGGCCCCGUACCAGAACCCCGAACCAUGCACUUCUGCCAAAGGGACCCACAGCCUCAUACCAUAACCAUCGUAGAUCCAGAUCUGCCCCCCAACACUUACCCCUUCAUGGCCGAACUCACACACGGCGCAAGUGUCAAUUGGACCAUUGAGUACAAAGACUCAGCCCAAGACACUCUCAUCUUGAAGCCAAAGAAAACCAUGGAAGUGGGCGACUACAAAAUCAACCUCAAGCUCAUUGAUAACCAGAACAAAGACCAAGUGACCACCUUGGAUAUCAGCGUGUGUGACUGUGAAGGGACCGUCACCAACUGUAUGAGGGCAAAUUAUGUAGAAGCGGGACUGCAGGUGCCUGCCAUCCUGGGCAUUCUUGGAGGAAUCCUUGCUUUGCUAAUUCUGAUUCUACUGCUUCUACUGUUUAUUCGGAGGAAAGGGGCGGUCAAAGAGCCCUUACUGCCCCCAGAAGAUGACACGCGAGACAAUGUUUAUUACUAUGAUGAAGAAGGCGGUGGAGAAGAGGACCAGGAUUUUGACUUGAGCCAGUUGCAUAGGGGCCUGGAUGCUCGGCCUGAAGUGAUUCGCAAUGACGUAGCACCGACCCUCAUGAGUGUGCCCCAGUAUCGUCCCCGCCCUGCCAAUCCCGAUGAAAUUGGGAAUUUUAUUGACGAAAACCUGAAGGCUGCGGACAGUGACCCCACAGCGCCCCCUUACGACUCUCUGCUUGUGUUCGACUACGAAGGCAGUGGUUCCGAGGCUGCGGACCUGAGCUCCCUGAACUCCUCUGAGUCGGACCGGGACCAGGACUAUGACUACCUGAACGAGUGGGGCAAUCGCUUCAAGAAGCUGGCGGACAUGUACGGAGGGGGCGAGGACGACUAGGGGGACCUGAGAGACUGGAGCAGUGUGACAUGCAGAACAGUGUUCCUGGUGAUUUUCGGCGCCCCUCCCUUAGAGGAACUCCUGGGACCAAGACCGAUCCGUUAUGCAGUUCAGAUAGUUAAGGCUUUUCCUUUGUUUCCCUGUUUUGUGUGUUAGGAAGGUUUUGCCUUAUUCAUGAAAUCUGUUCUCCUUCCUAUAACCUGUACAUAGUAAUAAGGUCCCAUUGCUCCUGGAAUUUUGAUAUUUCAAAGAACAGUUUCAGCCUCUGAAGUUUCUGUUAGCUGCCAGGGUAGGUGGCACACACCUGUAACCGCAGCACUCAGGAGGCUGAAGCAGGAGGACCGCCAUGAGCUCGAGGCCAGCCUGGGCCUACAUAGUGAGUUCAAAGUCAGUCUGCACCACAUAGACUCUCUCAAAAAAAGCAAGCAACCAACCAAUAAAUAAAUUAAGUAAAUUUGUUUCUGCUAGCAACUUACAGAUUUCCUUAAGGGGGUCUGUCUCAUAUUUAAAAGGAAGGCUGAAAGUAAAAUGUUAUUUCCAUGUCUAUUUUUUUAAAUUGGUUUUUUAGAAUUGAGUGCCUCCUCCUCCACCCCAAUCACUGCACUGGUGUCCUGUGUCCUGAUCUCCACACUUAGUCCCGAAAUCAGUUGUCCUGCCACAUGCGGGAGUCCUGAAGUAGAAAAUUCUGGCCCUUUCGGAGUGGAAGGCAUGUGUCUCCGUCUGGCCAUGUCUUGACUGGGUAUCAUGUACUCUAAAGACCUUUCUUGGUUUUCCUUUUCAGCUCCUGAGUAUCAGGUGGAAAUGGGCAUCUUCAUCUUUACUUGUUCUGAGUCAGUGUUUGUUAUGUGAAUGUUGUUUUGGGGUACUUUGAUUCUAUAUCAGCAUUGACCAGAAAAUACGGUGAAUUUCCAGGUGCCACUUAAUUGUUUCAUGUUUAUUUAUUAAAGACACUUAGAAUAGUGCCUAUAGUGCUACAGCCAAAGACAGCAAAAAAAUACAGAGAUGGCAGGAGGGCGCGUCAGUAUUUUGGCCUUUUAGCAAAUUGACGUUGAGGAUGGCUGAGGUAGGUCAGCCUCUCUCUUUGAACGCCCUGGAAGAACCAGAAUCUCAGCAUGUGUUUCCUAUCUGAGAGCCUCAUCCAUGGUCUCUACCCAAAAGCCCAGCAUUUCCAAAUGCUUGUUUUUGCUGGCCAGUCUGGACAUAGGUGCCUGAUUCCAAGUAUGCACAGAAAAUAAAAUAUUGGAAAUUCCAACUUUAUUUUUUAGGAGAAGAAAGAAAAUACUGUCCUAAUGGAUGUUAAGAAAGGGAAAGGCUGGGAGUGGUGGCAUACAUCUCUAAUCCCAGCACUCGGGAGGCUGAGGCAAGUGGAUCUCAGUGAACUCGAGGCCAACCUCGACUCCAUAGUGGGUUUGAGGCCAUCCUGAACUGCAUGGUUAAGACCCUGUCUCAAAAAAAGAUGAUGGUAUGGGGCAAGAGAGAGAAAGGACUUUGAUUUAAACCUUUUUUCUUUUUUCUUUUUUUUCCUGAUUCAAAUUUCAACUGUUGACUACCACAGGAAAGAGUUUUGAAAUUGCUUUGCUAUUAAGUGUUUGGGGAAGGAAAAAAAAUCAUGUCUGUAAUCAAUUGUUGAAAUUGUCUUGAUUUUUCUGCAAUUUAAACCAUAUCUAAUGUAGUUGGGUGUAGAGAAUGUCAUUGUAGUUUUGAGUGUAAAUGUGUGUGGGUGCUGAUAAUUUUGUAUUUUCUUUGGGAGUGGAAAAGGAAAACGAUUCAAGCUAAGAAAAAUAUUCACAACAACACAUUUUUAUAAAUUUUAUUAAAGAGUUUUGUUAAACCAUU